AUGGCAUCCGUGCUUGGGAACAGCAGCCGCGCAUCGGGACCUCAGAGCGGCCAGAUGAAAUGCAAGCUCAAGCGGCGACGCAGGAGAAGAUCCAAGAGGAAAGAGAAAGUGAGCGUGCUGUCGGCUUUGAUCGCCCCAUUCAAAUACAUGAGUCCAGGGACCAGCGAGGAGGACGAGGAUACGCUCAGUACCAGCAGCGCAGAGGUGAAAGAAAACCGCAACAUCGACAACUUGGAGGAGCACUCUCUGGGCUCCACUGAUUCCCUCUUCUGCUCCGAAUCCUCCCGAAGCAGCUCCAGCUCUGGUCUGAAACGCAAGCGGCCCCUAGAGGAGGACAACAAUGUGACAACGAUGUGCCAACUACGACUCAUCUACAAAAAACUCUCCUGGUCUGACGCUCCUAAAAACGCUUUGGUCCAGCUAAACGAACUAAAACCUGGGUUGCAAUAUCGUAUGGUGUCCCAAACCGGUCCAGUUCACGCUCCCGUCUUCUCCAUCGCAGUCGAGGUGAAUGGUUUGACGUUCGAAGGUACGGGUCCUACGAAGAAAAAAGCGAAAAUGCGCGCGGCGGAGUUGGCUUUGAAAUCAUUUGUGCAGUUUCCGAAUGCGCCACAAGCUCAUUUGGCGAUGGGUAAUAUCACCAACCCAUCUGCGGACUUCACUUCGGAUCAAGCGGACUUUCCGGACACGCUUUUUAAGGAAUUUGAGUCCAACCCAGGCAACGAUCUACUCUCAAAUGAACUGUUAAGACAUGAGAGCUUACUUAGACAUACCUUAGACUUAAUGGUCCAAGCUCAACAGAGACUAGGCGGUAUCGUCCCUCAAGAAGUCAUCCCAAAAAAUCCCGUAGCAAUACUCAACGACUUAAGACCGGGCCUACGCUACGCCUGCUUGUCCGAAAGAGCGGAGGGGCGAAGGUUGCGUAGUUUCGUCAUGGCGGUACGAGUAGACGGACGUAUUUUCGAAGGUUGCGGUCGCAGUAAGAAGUUGGCGAAGAUCCAAGCGGCACAGUGCGCGCUCCAGACCCUCUUCAACAUCAGAGCGCCCCCCGAUGGCAGGAUGGGACUCAAACCCAGCAGGAAGACUUGCCCCCAUUUACCGCAGGAUUUUGCCGACUCCGUUUUCCACCUGGUGAGGGAGAAGUACCGCGCCCUGGUGGGAAGCUGCGGUUCGACACACGCCCGGCACAAGUCCCUGGCCGGAAUCGUCAUGACACGAGACUUGGACCUGAGGCGUGCCCAGGUGGUGGCGCUGUCGAGCGGCACUAAAUGCAUCAGUGGGGAGUAUCUGAGCGACCAGGGCCAGGUGGUGAACGACUGCCACGCGGAGGUGACGGUGCGCAGAGCUCUCAUCAGGUUUCUCUACGCACAACUAGAGCUUUUUCUCAGUAAACGUGUGGAGGACUGGGAGGAGUCCAUCUUCAUUCGACACAAAGAAAGAAGCUUCAGGUUAAAAGAGGACAUCCACUUUCACCUGUACAUCAGCACGUCGCCCUGCGGAGACGCCAGAGUCAACUCACCCUACGAGAUCUCACACGACUUGCACAGCAGCAGACACUUGGUGAGGAAACAGCGCAGUCACCUCAGGACAAAGAUCGAGUCCGGAGAGGGGACCGUCCCAGUGCGGAGCCGAAUCCAGACGUGGGACGGGGUACUACAGGGGGAGCAGCUAAUCACCAUGUCCUGCACUGACAAAAUCACAAGGUGGAACAUCCUCGGGCUCCAGGGGGCGCUGCUGAGUCACUUCGUGGAGCCAGUAUACCUGCACAGUCUGACCGUGGGCAGUCUGCGUCACACGGGACACUUAGGACGAGUGCUGAACCAGAGGCAGGAGAGAAUGGGACCUCUGCCCCCGACGUACAGGAGACACCAACCUCUGCUCAGCGGCCUGAGCAGUGCCGAGUCGCAGCCCCCGGGGAAGGCCUCCUGUGUGGGGGUAAACUGGAGCGAAGGAGACCUACAGCUGGAGGUGGUGGAUACGUGGACCGGGCGGAGGAGAGACUCAGGGACACCAUCACGGCUCUGCAAACACGCCCUGUUCACGCGCUGGAGCAGACUACAGCGCAAGUUGGGUCUCCAGGUGUCCGGUUCGGUGUACGGUCAUCUCAUGUACAGUGAAGCUAAGAUGGCGGCCGGUCAGUACCAAGCGGUGAAACAGCAGUGGAUGCGCUCCCUCCAGGACUCUGGUUUGGGCACCUGGGUCCGUAAGCCCCCCGAGCAGGAACACUUCCUCUUACCCAUCUGA